GAAUUUUUUUCCCAGUUUGCCGACGCCAUUUUUGUUCGAGACAGGAUGACAGGAGGACGGAGCAGACGCGAAGCUCAUUUAUGAAAUAGGCUGGAUGACAAAAUAAAUUCUGUUUUCAAUGGUAUGGCCACAGAGGUGCUGGAACCACCGACGCAGCUGAGUUAAACGGGUGUUUGUUGUGCGCCUUCAAAGAAACUGUAAGGAUUUUAAAGGAAGUUUACAGGAUGUUCUGUUCGUUUUUCUAUGGCGUAGCUAAGCACCCGUCUUUUUAAAAAAGACAGUAUUUUUCUUUUUGCCUUUGGAGAGGGGCCUUCCGAUUAAAGAAAUAUUCAGUUUUCGUCGUUUUAUUUUAAAUAAAAGCAAAACAGAUGUGUAAUGCAAGAAAACGUUGAAGAAGGAGUAACAACGACCACCAGACAUUUUUCGGAUGUUUGCUGGCGAUUGUCAAGAAGUGAAUUUGUAGCUAACGUUAGCUAGUUAGCUGGCUGUCUAUAUGGCCAGUUAGCUGAACAACUGUUUAAGAAGACGGAAAACAAGAUUUACAUUUUCUCCUGGAAGGUCACGCACCGAAGGAUAACAUUCAACCAUGACAAGUAAUAUUCCAGCGGAUAUGAUAAACCUGAGGCUCAUCUUGGUGAGCGGGAAGACAAAAGAGUUCCUCUUCUCUCCCAACGACUCCGCCGCCGAUAUCGCCAAGCACGUCUACGACAACUGGCCAAUGGACUGGGACGAGGAGCAGGUCAGCAGUCCCUGCAUCCUGAGGCUCAUCUACCAAGGGCGGUUUCUGCAUGGCAACGUGACGCUAGGAGCCUUGAAGCUUCCCCUUGGCAAGACUACAGUGAUGCACUUAGUUGCCAGAGAGACGUUGCCGGAGCCAAAUUCCCAAGGUCAGAGGAAUCGUGAGAAGACCGGAGAGAGCAACUGCUGUGUGAUCCUGUGAACGCGCCCCGUUUCCUGUACCCGUGGUGUAAUAUAGUCUUUGUCUUUCAUGCUGCUGAAACAGACGUUUAACCUUGCUUUGAGGACCAGUAGAGGCAGUUUGUUUAUAAGAAAAAAAUGUCGCUCGGAACUGGAUCAUCAUAUUUUUACGUGUUUCAAACCUCAGUACCUGACGUCCUUCCUUUUAACCUGGAAUUUAGGAAUUGCGUCGACCCUGGUAGAGCAGUCAGUUUGCACACAAAAAGGGCAGUAUUUUUGCUUAUUGCACAGGGUAAUGAUGUGACAGUUGCUCUUAAAUCUCCACAAAUAGGAAAGCUUCUGUUUGUCUAGCUCCAUUGAAGAGGCUUAUACCUGGUCAUUUUAGUAAUCCUAUAGUUUGUUUGGGAGGGGUUUGGGUCUUCCAUGCAGGUUCAAGAUGGCGUAUGAGGAUGAGGUGGGGUUUAGUUGGGGAUGAAACAGAAAUGUUUCGCAUUUUACCGCGUUCUUCUUCCCCUGUCCUUUCACCAACACAAUGCAGACCGUGUAACGCUGUAACAUAUCUUGUAACCACUCAAGCUACACAUCAUCCAUCGUUUUUAUGAUUACUCACGUUUAGCAUUGUAAGACUAAUCAGUAAUGUGCCUAUAGUCUGAAUGCAAUCAGUGAUGAGUUUACUUUUUAAAAAUUUUCCCUUCAAAAAAUGAAAUUCUGUCAGUGCGGUCCAGAAGUGCAGAUGAUGGACACAUUCCCCAGUAAUAGCAGGGGUGCAUUUCCUGGCCUUAGAUUUUAUUAUAUCGCCAAGACUUCAUCGCAAACCCAAAGCUGAUAUUCACGGCAUUUAUCCCAUUGCGUUUGUGACUGUGUUUUGACAGUCAUUGUGCGUCAUGUGACCCUUAAUUACCCAGUGUUGUGUCCAGCUGUGCGGAGUGGUUGUAAUUACACCUUCAGAAAAAGAAACGGAUAUUAUAUUUUCUUUUCCCUUUGAACAUAGUAUAGCUCAUUUUAGUGCCUGCAGUCCAAGUCUGAGGGUAAAUUAAAAUCACAUUUCUUAAAAAAAAAAAAAAAAGAAUGAAAUAUUUUCUUUGCUUAAUCAAUUUGCACGACAUUGAAGCAUGAGCUGUUUCAU